AUGCCGAUCUUUACUGACAAUAAUAUGCCUAUGAAUGUGUGUGAUCUAAUGAAUUCAGAAGGGAACUGGGAUAUGAAUGUUAUUAUCAAGUAUAUUGAUAACUCUUCUCAUAAUGCUAUUAACUCUGUAACUAUUAAUCUUUGCUUGCAUGAUAGAAUUAGAUGGAAAUCUACUAUUUCUAGAAAUUUGACUACUAAGUCUGUUUACAAUUUCUUGAAUAAUCUAACUAUUGAUAAGGAUGAAUCAAGAUUUUGGAAACAAAUUUGGAACCUUAAUAUUCUUCCUAAAGUAAAUAUGUUUUGCUGGAAAGUGGUGUCUAAUGCUCUUGCUUUAGGGAAAAACAUGUCCAAGUAUGUUAAGGAUUUUAAGCCUUAUUGUUUGCUUUGUGAUUCUCAUGACAUUGAAGAUGAAAUGCAUCUGUUUGUUAAUUGCCUGUUUUCUAGAAAUAUUUGGGAUGCUUUUGAACUUAAUAACAUCUAUAACUAUAGAGGAAAUCAGGAUAUUACACAUUGGUUUAAAUUUUGGUUGAACAAUAAAGUUUUCAAUGGCAAACACAACUUAAUUUCGUCCAUCAUCUGGUCCAUUUGGAAGUUUAGAAAUAGUGUGCAGUUUGAUAAGGCAGUGCCUAAUGUGCAUAAGCUAAUUGAUUUAGUUAAAGUUUCCCACCAAAAGUUCAAUAUUCCAUGGGACAGCAAAACUAGUCAUGAUUUUGUCAUAGCUAAGAUGUUACACAAUGAUAAUCCCACAGAUGGAAGAUGCACUUAUGAUUGGUUUAUUCAUUUUGAUGCAUCCUUUCUUGAAGAUGACUUUUCUAUGGGUUACGCAAUCUCAAUUCUGGAUAAAACAGGAGACAGGAAGCAGUGUCGAGCAGGUUGCAGCUGGGCUUCAUGCCCAUUAGAGGCAGAAGCAAAAGAAGGAAUCGAGGCUCUUAGGUGGGUGAAGGAUUUGAAUCUCAAUAAUUGCUGCAUAAUUAAGGACUGUCAAACAUUAAUGAAGCUGAUGAAAGGAGGUCCAGAAAUUCAACCUUGGAGGUCUUAG